AUGUCUGGACGCGGCAAGCAGGGCGGUAAGACUCGCGCCAAAGCCAAGACCCGUUCCUCCCGGGCGGGGCUCCAGUUUCCCGUGGGCCGAGUGCACCGCCUGCUCCGCAAGGGCAAUUAUGCUGAGCGGGUCGGGGCUGGCGCCCCCGUGUACCUGGCGGCGGUGCUGGAGUAUCUGACCGCGGAGAUCCUGGAACUGGCGGGCAACGCAGCUCGCGAUAACAAGAAGACACGUAUCAUCCCGCGCCAUUUACAGUUGGCCAUCCGUAACGACGAGGAGCUCAACAAGCUGCUGGGCAAAGUCACCAUCGCUCAGGGCGGCGUCCUGCCCAACAUCCAGGCGGUGCUGCUUCCCAAGAAAACUGAGAGUCACCAUAAAGCCAAGGGCAAGUAG